AUGACCGACUACUUCCGAGCUCCAACCACCAUCGUUCUGCACGUCACCGCAGCGGACGUUAUUGCGAAUCCUACUGUUUCACGCCGACCCUUUGGAAUCGAAAAAGAAAAAAAGACACAAAAAAUAUCUUCCUGCACAACUAUGACGGCGCAGCGAGGGAAACUCAUCGUUUUGGAAGGACUGGAUCGGGCUGGAAAAUCCACACAAUGUCAGCUCCUUGUCGACAGACUUCGGGAAGCUGGCUCGGCGGUGGAAUAUAUGCGAUUUCCUGAUAGGACUACGCCGAUUGGGCAGAUGAUCAAUGGGUAUCUGAGUGGGCAAAGCGAGCAGGAGGACCAUGUGAUCCAUCUGCUUUUCUCUGCGAAUCGGUGGGAGGCAGCGGCUAAGAUACAAUCACUGAUCGCGGCCGGCACGACUGUGGUAAUCGAUCGGUACUACUACUCUGGGUGCGUGUACAGCGCGGCUAAACACAAUCCUUCCCUCCCACUCGCCUGGUGCAGACAUCCUGAUGUAGGUUUGCCCCGUCCUGAUUUAUGUCUUUUCUUGGAUAUCACAGCGGAAGCGGCAGCGAAGCGAGGUGGAUUUGGGACGGAAAAGUACGAGAAGAAGGAGAUGCAGGAUCGGGUGCGGAGUCUGUUUGAUGUACUCAUUUCUGGCGGAGAGAGUGGUGAGGGAGACGAAAAGGAGGACAUUGUCAAGAUCGAUGCGAGUGCGAGUUUAGACGAGGUCAAGGCCAGGAUUUGGAAGGAAACGAGCAAGGUCUUGGAGAGGGUAGAUAGCGGGGAAGAGCCUUUAAGGUUUGUGAGGGAAUGGUGA